CGAAGUCAAAGGCCGCUUGGAAACGGUCCGUAAGGAGUGGGGACAAGAGGGGAUUAAAGAAAUAAACCGACAUAUUACAAAACGUUAAAAUCGAGCAAGCCGUCAGUAAGACACCUUCAGCGACUAAUGACGCUUUUGGAAAUGACGAGCGUUUGAAACGUUUCGGUUAACUCGUCCGCCGGAGGAAGCUCGAAAGAUUUUUUGUUUCGGUCUGGGGUAUAUUCGGGAAUUAGGAGACGCCGUUGCGUGUGCGAUGUGUGCCGCUUUUGUCGGAUGUUUCCCAGUUGCAGUCUGCUGAACUGCGAGGCCUCGGACGGGAGUACUGAGCACAAAAAGUGGACACAGUUAAGGUUUGGCUGAAGGAGUUUUCGGAGUUUGCCGCGGCCUCUCGUUGGAUUUAAACCUCGCCUCACUGAAGACAGCCAUGGAAUCGACGGUGGACGAUGACGCGAUGGAGGCGUGAAUGAGGUUUGGCGCAGCGAGAGCUGAACAAUGCCCAAGGGCGGGGGUCCUAAACCACCCCAGCUGGAGGACUUCCCCCUCAGCACCGACAUGGUGGAGAAGCAGGCGGGGAAGAAGGAUAAAGAUAAAAUCUCUUCAAACAAGACUCCCAAACUGGACAGAGGGGAUGGAGUGAAGGAGAUGAAAGAGAAGGCUCCCAAACGGAAGCUGCCCUUUACCGUCGGAGCCAAUGGAGACCAGAAAGACUCGGACUCAGAGAAGCAAGGCCCGGAGAGGAAGCGCAUUAAAAAGGAGCCCACGAACAGCAGGAAGCCGGGCCUGCCUUUCGGGAUGGGCAUGCCAGGGAUCCGGGCCGGCUACCCCCUCUCCGAGAGGCAGCAGGUGGCCCUGCUCAUGCAGAUGACGGCCGAGGAAUCGGUCAACAGUCCAGACACAACACCAAAGCACCAGUCGCAGUCCAGUCUGGGUCAGAAGGGAACGCCAAACUCUGCCUCAAAAACCAAAGAUAAAGUGAACAAGCGCAACGAGAGGGGCGAGACGCGGCUGCACCGGGCCGCCAUCCGUGGGGAGGUGCGCCGCAUCAAGGAGCUCAUCAGCGAGGGGGCCGACGUGAAUGUAAAGGACUUUGCAGGCUGGACGGCGCUGCACGAGGCCUGUAACCGUGGUUACUACGACGUGGCGAAGCAGCUGCUGGCAGCCGGGGCAGAGGUCAACACAAAGGGUGGGGAUGACGACACCCCUCUCCAUGACGCGUCCAACAACGGGCACUUCAAGGUGGUGAAGUUGCUGUUGCGCUAUGGAGGCGAUCCUCGUCAGAGCAACAGAAAGGGCGAAACGCCAUUGAAAGUAGCAAACUCUCCAACCAUGCUGAAUCUCUUGCUUGGCAAAGGCACUUACACGUCGAGCGAGGAGAGCUCUUCAGAGUCUUCGGAGGAGGAAGAUGCCCCAUCGUUUGCCCCAUCCAGCUCUGUUGAUGGCAAUAACACCGACUCGGAGUUCGAGAAGGGCCUGAAGCUGAAAGGAAAGAGCCUGGAGCCGCCCAAAUCCAUAGCCACGCCUGUGAAGGACGAGUAUGAGUUUGAUGAGGACGACGAGGAAGAGCGGGUCCCCCCUGUGGACGACAAGCACCUGCUAAAGAAAGAAUUCCGCAAGGAUUCCACCAGCAAAGCCAGCAGUUUCAUUUCCAUUCCCAAAAUGGAGGUCAAAACCUAUUCCAAAACCAACUCGCUGACACCAAAGAAGGCCGCGCGGCGCAUCCUGUCCGACACCAACAGCUCGGACGAGGACGAGAGAACCCUGUGCUUCUCCCCGACGCCCACGGCGCGGCAGGCGGCAACGGUGGCUAACUCAAAGAGCCGGGAGCCCGCCGCCCUGACCUCCAAGCAGCAGAAAGACAAGAACAAGGUCAAAAAGAAGAGGAAGAAGGAAACGAAAAAUAGCACCAACAAGGAGGUGCGGUUUGGCAAACUCAAUGACAAAUUCUUCACCUCCGAGUCAGAGAGUGGAGACCUAGAGAGUGAGGAUGAUAAGGGCUCUGUGCAGAGCUCGAACUGUUUAAAGGACUCAUCCGUGUUGAGCCUAAAAGAAUCGUCAGUUUUCAGCUCACUCUCUGGCUCCUCUUCGUCCUCUCAUGGAAGCCUGGGUUCCCAGAAGCAGACCCAGUCACUGGCGGAGCAGCACCCAAAGCAGUGGAGGACGGACGGCUGGAAGACCGUCUCCUCGCCGGCCUGGUCCGAUGUCAGCUCCCUCUCAGACUCUGUCCGAACCCGGCUCUCCAGCGAGUCAGACUACUCGUCAGCGGACUCGAGCGUGGAGUCCAUGAAAGAGGUCAAGAAGAAGCCACAGGACAGCAGGAAAAAGAGCAACAACCCACAUGUUAACGUGUCCGAGAAAAAGAGUUCCUCUGACUUUUACAAGGCCUCCAACUCUGAGGGGGCAGUCUCCAAGACAGACAAAGAUGGCAAAGUGUUGAAAAAACAUAAAGUAAAACACAAACAUAAAAAUAAGGAGAAGGAAAAGGCUCCCAGCCUGGUGCUCAACCAGGACAUGAACGAGAAAUUUGUCAAGAGCUUUUCCUUUGAUUUUGAUGACACACAAAAAUCCCUCAUCGUGGAGUCUGAGUCUCCUACAGAAAACAAAGUCAAGCUCUCCAAGCACGACAAAGACCAUUUUAAAAAGGAAGAGCGGUUGUCUAAAGGUAAAUCAGAGGAGAAAGAUUGGACAUGUGGAAAAGAAACAGUCAGAGCUACUAAAGAAGAGAAAGCCAAGAAAACAAAGGAGUCUACCAAGGAAAAGAUAAUCAAGGAGGAGAAGGAUAAGAGCUUCAAAGCAGAAAAAGACAGAAACCUCAAGGACAAAGAGAAGCCUAAGGAGGAGAAGCAGAAGACCCACAAGGAUGAGAAAAAGAAGAAAUCCAAGGACAAAUCAUCAAAGGUCGACAAAAAGAAUGAGCAAAAAGAGGAGAAACACCUGAAAUCAGAGAAAGAGAAAACCGCAAAGGAGGAGAAGGAAAAAUCAAAAAAGGAAAAGGUGCCCAAAGAGGAGCCAGACUAUGAGGACUAUGAUAUCAAAAGCCGUUUUUUAGACUUUGAGGACAGCAAGCUCAGUGCCUCUGACGACCCCCAUGACCGAUGGGCAUCAGACCUCUCCUCAAACUCCUCACUGUAUGGAGAGGACAGCUGGGAUGCUCCAGUUAAGGAGUACAAAGAAUACAAAGCCAACAAUGCUUUUAAACUGAUCGUCGAGACAGUGAAAGAGGAGAACCGAGAUCGGAAGAAGGACAACAAAAUCAAAGACAAAAAACUAGAACACAGUGAAAAGAAAGAGACUGCUUCUAAAAAGAAAGAAAAGGACUUGUCAGAUAAGGUCACUGAAAAGAAAAAGGACUCAAUGGAUAAACAGAAGCUAAACUCCACCUACUCGUCAGAAAAGGAGAAAAAGAGGAAAGAGUCUGCGGAAAGCUUCAAGGAGAAAAAAGAGAAGGACUCCAUAGACAGCAGCAGGGAAAGGAAAGAUUCCUAUGAAUUCACUAAGGAGAGGAAGGAUUCCAAACUUAAACAAGACGAUGUGUCAAGAGACGAGUAUGGAAGCGAACCCUUUUUCAAAGACAAAUCCGAGACCGAAGCCAUUGGCAAACUGUCAGAGCCAAGAGAAAGGAACCACUCUGGAAAAGAGAGAGAGAAGAAGGGAGAAGGUGUGGAAAAAGAAAAGAAGGACAAAUCUAAAGGUGAUAAACACAAAGAGAAGCCUAAAGACAAGGACAGAAAUUUCCUGGAUGCAGAGAAAGAUAAAGCAGAAAAAGGCUCUGCAGAGAAGGCUCUAAAGGAGAAAGACUCGGAUCGAACCUCCAAGGACAAAAAAGAGGGUAUGAAAGAAAAGCACAAAGACUCUCACAGCAAAGACAAGGAGAGGAAAAUGUCCUCGGAACAGAGCAAAGACAAGAAGGAGAAAGCCUCCCAAGACAAGCACGCGGACAGAGAGAAGGACUUCCUUGAGGCAAAGAAGGAAGAGAGAAAGCCUGAGAAGGCGAGAGAAAAGACGUGGUACAAGAUUGCAGACAUCUUCACAGAUGAAAGUGAGGAUGAGGAGGACAGUUACAACGGGGGUGUCCUCAAGCUCAGCGAUUCCCUUGGUCUUUCAGAUUCCCACCGAAAAGACUCCACACCGGAUCGGGAUGAUAUUGAACUCUUCCAAAGCGACAAGCACAGGAAGUACUCUGCAGACGGGAAGCAACACUCCACAGAGAAAAUGAAAGAAAAGGAGUACAAGGACAAGAAGAAAGACAAAGCCUUGUUUGACAGUGGCAAAGAGAGAAAGGGCUCUUUAGAGAAACACAAAGACAAAAAAGAGAAGGAUUCUGGAGAUGGGAAGCAUAAGGAGCGCAAAGAGCGGGCAUCUGUCGACUCCAACCAGGAGAAGAAAAACAAGCAGAAGAUGCUGGAGAAGAGGCACUCAAGCGAGGAGAAGCCCAAGGGCAAGUACAAGGAAAAGCCUGACAAAGAUCACUCAAAGGACAGGAAGCCCUCCAAGGGAAGUGGUGAGAAUGAGAAAUCCCUCCUGGAGAAGCUGGAGGAGGAGGCCUUGAACGACUACAAGGAUGACUUCAACGACAAGAUCAGCGAGAUCUCUUCAGACAGCUUCACAGACCGGGGCCACGAGCUUAGCAGCUUCUACGACUCAUCCAACAUCAGCCUGCCGGACAUAUCCGAGGAGAGGAGAGACUCGCUCUCUGUGUCCUACCCACAGGACAAGUUCAGAGAAAAAGAGAGGCACCGGCAUUCAUCCUCAUCCUCUUCCAAGAAGAGCCAUGAUAAGGAAAAGGACAAAGUCAAGAAGGACAAAACGGACAAGCGCGACAAAUCGGAGGAGAUCAAGGAGACCUAUGGGCGCAGAGAGAGCCUGCCCUUUGAGAAGGAACCUAUGCCUCUGGAGGCUGAUCCGUAUACUUUCCCCUAUGGAGCCAAGCCUGAUGGAGAGGAUGAUCUAGACAAGACCCUGGAGUUUGAGAAGGAGAUGUCUAAAAAAGCGGACAAGGAUAAAGCUUGCAGUGUCAUAACCAGUGAGAAGAUCAAAGACAAAAAGAAGAAAGAGAAACACAAGGAGAAAGUAAAGGAAGACAAACACAAAUACACAGAUGGCUUCGCUUCCUUGAAACACUCAAAGGAAGACCAGAAAACUGUAUCCAAAGAGAGUCCCCAGGUGUCAAGUUUGAAAGAGAAGUCUAAAGAGGACAGCCCCAAGUUUGAAGCUAAAAACAAGGACAGAAGUAAAGAUGUUUUGGACAAAGAUGGAAAAGCAGAUUACACAAAGUCCAAGCUGAAAGAAGAGAAUGACAGGGUUAAUCAGUCAAGAGAGGCAGCUCGAAAAGACACUCGUCCUCGGGAGAAGCUGCUGGUGGACGGUGUUCACAGGUUGACGAGCUUCGGUAAAAUGCUGAGUCAGAAGGACCAGGAAAUCGAAGAGCGACAUAAAAGGCACAAGGAGAGAAUGAAGCAAAUGGAGAAGCUGAGGCACAGGUCAGGGGAUCCUAAACUGAAAGAUAAAGCCAAGCCUGGUGAGGACCUGCGGAAGAGCCGUGCCGAUUUAACAUUGAAGAAAUCAAGUCCUUUAGAAACCGCAUUGAAAGACAAGAAGCCUAAAGACCCAGGCCUUCCGGCACAAAUGAUGUCACCUGACCGAAAAUCACAGCCAAUGGACAGUCAGAAUUCAAAAGACUGGCUGGUGGGACAUCCAAUGAAGGAGAACCUCCCUGCUUCUCCAAGGCCUGACCAGAACAGGCCAACUGGCGUACCCGCUCCCGCCUCUGUGAUCUCAUGCCCCAGUUACGAAGAGGUCAUGCAGACUCCGCGCACACCAUCUUGCAGUGCAGAAGAUUACCCAGACCUCAUGUUUGACAGUAUAGACUGCCAGAACUCAUCCGCUAUGUCCAUGAAUGCUUGCUCUCCAUCCUUCUUCGAUAGGUAUUCCAACACACCGCAUGGCGUCCAGGAAAAUGCCUGCCUGACUCCCAUGAAGAAUCUUCAAAUGCCCGUUCUGAGUCGGUCAGCCUCGGUUGACAGCAGAAGGCCUUUCGAUGAGGAUUUCAAAGCAGAUGCUGAUAAGUUCCUCCGACAGCAGAGCGUGCCAGCCGCCUCUGAGUUGGAGUCCACCUCAGUUCCUCAUCCCCUCGAAGAUAAGCUGAUGUCUGACAGGCUUGACUGCCUGUCUCCUCCUUGCUUUUCCCCUCACAUUGGGAGACCCUCUCCGAGGCCAGAGCCAGCCCAAACCGCACUGGAUGGGGCCUCCACAGCUAUCGCCACCACAGACAGCAAUGAACACCUCCCUGAGAGCAUAUAUGGCAACUUCCUCUCCAAGCCCUCAACUCCAGUGCACAGGCCAGAACCCCAGGAGCCUUGUCUGGACAUCGCUGCCCCCCCUACCCCCGCCCCUGCUGCCCUGCCCCCUCUAGAUAUUGACGAGCUGUCAGAACCACAUCAUCCUCUGCCUCUGUCACCGCAUGAUGAACCCAGCCUCGUCGCAUCAGAUCCUGUGAGUGGCGCUGACUUCCUGCCACCAGUUUCAGAGGAACAAGAUGGGGAGGAUGAGGAUGUGGAGGAAGAAGAAGAAGAGGAGGAGGAGGAAGAAGAUGAUCCAGAGGAGCUGGAGGAAAACGAAGACCCUCCGGCCAUGGAGACGGAGCCCACGAGAGGGGAUGGUACUUGUGAUCCGCAUGUUGCAGAGCCAGUGAAAAAGGAGUGGGUAGACUCUCCAGACAGAAGGGAUACAGAGGCCACUCUCCCACUUUCACCCACUCAUCCCCCUGUGAGCCUUAUUGAGAACGCCAGCGACCACUCAGUCAGCUGGACAGUCCACUCUGAUAUGCUCCUCAAAUCUCCCCAAAGGCCUUUCAUGGAGUUGCCAUCCGCUCCUAAGGGCAGCCCCUUCCCACAGCCAGAGAGCAGCCUGCAGCAGCAGUUCUCCACAUCACUGCCCUGUCCCCCAUCAGCAGCCUCACCCUACUCAGGCUUUCCCAGGCCUUACUGCCCCGCGCAUAUCCCUGAGUCCGACUACGAGGUGCAUAAAGACACCGCCGAAGACAUGCCUGCCCCAGCAAAGCCUGUUGAGGCACCUGGAGAGUCAGAGUCCAGCUUCAUUUCCUCUUCCUCCACCCGGCUUGAGUCCUUCUUCCCUGACUGCAAGCCCGCACCUGAGUCUGCGUGCUUAGCAGCAGAAAACAGGCAGGACUCUCUCGGCUACAUUCCUGAGAGUAGCAUGGCCCCUGCUGUGAACCUUGACCCAGUGGUGCCCUGGGCAGACCCUUUUGCUCCUCCUCCAGUGGACGAUCUGGAUGACUUCUUCUCCUUGCCAGAGCUGCCUGUGCAAGACAAGGAAGUCCAGGAGCCCGUCGUGACAAACCCUGAUCUGCCAGACCAAAAACAUCCUCUCACUGAAGCUGCAUCUCCAGCCAAUGAGAUGAGAGAGGACCCGGAGCUGGCGGAGCUGGACCUGCCCAGCCUAUCGCAGGUGCCCUCCGCGUCUGCUGUUGUGCCGCUCAGCGAGCCUGGGCAGAAAUGUGGCACGCCCUCGCGGGACAGCAGCAGGAUGGAACAGGAGCAGGAGCCGGAGCCACAGAAAGUUCCAGAAAACGACUCUGCUGAAGUGGCAGGCCCAGAGGAGAAGGCGGUAUUUGAGGAGGGAUGUGAAAGUGACCGAAACCCACCCUUGUCCACCAUCGAUGCCAGCAGCAGCCAGGAGCCCUCACUGAUAGCCCCCGCAGCGGAUGCGCCCACACCGAUAGCUGCAGCACCUUGCCCAGACAUGGCGACCCCUGUGGAAACGGACACCAGUGAGCAAACUCCAGCAACCACAGCGGCAGCACAGACCAGCCCUGUGUGCUCUGUCCCUGUGACACCUGUGGUGAUGCAGUCCAGCAUGGACCAGGUGCCCGAGUCCUGUGACUCGGCACCCUCUGUGCCAGCUGUUACAGCCACCCCAGCACCCACAGAGGUUCCCAAGAAGGUGGAAGAGAUACCUCAAAGAAUGACCCGGAACCGGGCCCAGAUGCUGGCCAACCAGAGCAAGCAGAACACGGCUGCGGUCAGCGCCGGCACAACGUCGUCCGCCCCAGCUCCCAGCACCACCAGCACGGCCACCACUGUCGCCGCCGCCUCCGCCCCUGCGGAGAAAGAGGAGUCCGCCACCGCCCCCAGCUCCGCCCUGGUGCCCCCCGCCGUCAUCAGUAAGAACAAAGGGCGUCCCGCCGAGGAAGACGACGCCCAGGCGCAACACCCGCGCAAGAGGAAGUUCCCCCGCUCCGGCCCCCAGCAGGUGCAGGUGCAGCUGGUCAACACAGCCAUGCAGCAGACGAGGGAGAUGAUCCAGCAGACGCUGGCCGUCAUCGUCAACGCCAUCAAGCUGGACGACAUCGAGCCCUACCACAGCGACCGCUCCAAUCCCUACUUCGAGUACCUGCAGAUCCGCAAGAAGAUCGAGGAGAAGAGGAAGAUCCUGUGCUACAUCUCCCCGCAGGCUCCGCAGUGUUACGCCGAGUACGUGACCUACACCGGCUCCUACCUGCUGGACGGCAAGCCCCUCAGCAAGCUGCACAUCCCUGUGAUCGCUCCACCUCCGUCCCUGUCGGAGCCCCUGAAGGAGCUCUUCAGACAGCAGGAGGCGGUGAGAGGGAAACUGAGACUGCAGCACAGCAUCGAGCGGGAAAAGCUGAUUGUGUCAUGUGAACAGGAAGUUCUGAGGGUGCAUUGCCGUGCAGCAAGGACGAUAGCCAAUCAGGCCGUCCCUUUUAGCGCCUGCACCAUGCUGCUGGACUCGGAGGUGUACAACAUGCCAUCAGAGAGUCAGGGCGAUGAGAACAAGUCAGUGAGAGAUCGCUUCAACGCCCGUCAGUUCAUUUCCUGGAUUCAAGACGUAGACGACAAGUACGACCGCAUGAAGACAUGCCUGCUGAUGCGGCAGCAGCACGAGGCGGCCGCGCUCAACGCCGUGCAGAGGAUGGAGUGGCAACUCAAGGUGCAGGAGCUGGACCCUGCCGGACACAAGUCCCUGUGCGUCAACGAGGUCCCCUCCUUCUACGUGCCAAUGGUUGACGUCAACGACGACUUCGUGCUGUUGCCGGCGUGACACGAACUCGCACACACAAGCUGUCGAAUAUCACCGCUCAAAAAGACACCCAACAGACUGUAUGGUAAGGGCUAGCCAGUUUGAAAAGGAAUAUUCUUUCUCGAGGAAAAAAAAAGUCUAUAUUAUAUAUAAAAAGAAAAACAAACAAAAAAAAGGAACUUGCUUAUGAUUCCCUCCUUCGAGAGGAGGAAGCAUCUUUUUACCCGGGAAAACACGACUUGCACUUUCAUCCUACAAGUUUUUAUGCUUUUGUUCAGAGAAAGCAAAAUGGCUUUGCUUUGAAGCUCAAACCCUCUGUCUGAUUAUUAUUUUAAUUUUUUUUUUUGGAAAAUGGGUACAAUAAGAUAUUUUUCCUUCGUUUUUGGUUCCACAAAACACAAUGAGACAAAUGGAGGAGGGGGGGGCGGGGAAAUAUGCAGCGGACGGAACCGCAGCGAACAGAGCUUCAGAGGUGGGCGGAGCCGAAGGGGUUUGUGUAUCAGGGGGAGCUCCUCCCCCUGAUCCCCACACCUGCCCCGGGAGGCAGGAAUCUGGCGGCCCUAUAACGGCACAGCGUCGGGGCCCGGCGGCCCGCUAGCGCCAAGACACAGCGCAGGAGAACAGGAGGGCGUGUCCGUUUCACAGGCCCUCCGUGCGGGGCGGAGAGACUCCGCACCCUCAGCCCUGCGGCGUCAGCAGAGGAGGGAGAGCGGCAACCGGAGCAGCCUGCAGGAGUCCCUCAUCACUGGUUUGCAUGCAGGGUUCAAUCAGCCUCUACCUUUACACACCUGUUCACUGCAAACAA